AUGGCGACCAUGACUUACGCCGAGCCCGUCCAGACUCACUCGGCUCCAGUGUCCACAAAAGUCUCACCAACACCCUCCAUCUCGGAACCGCCGGCGUCCCGCGCCAUCCCAGCCGACUUCCGUUCCUCCCUCGCGGCAUGGUGGGCUUCGAGCGGGUACCGAGACGCCCGCGUGGCCGAGGACCGCCUCCUCCGCCGCUUGGCGUACUAUCAACCCACGCCUCCCGAGCCCUCUCGCUCAUGGUUCUCGUGGGGCCACGCGGCCCCUGCAACCUCGGCCCCACAACACAUCCCAACUGACGGGCUCCUCGCUACACUGCGGACCGUGUUCAUUCCCACUCCCGAUCCAGCCCUCGCUCCACCAAGACCAGACAUGCUGAUGGACGAGAACUCGUCCAUCUCCACUUCUUCCAGCUCCAGCAAGACCAAGCACAAGCACAAGCACGCACGCGCACUCCACUGCAACCAUGCCGAGGGGUUGACCGACUACAUCAACACGCUCGAAUUCUCCUCUCCCGCUACCAAGGAUAGCAAAGAGGCUGUGGUGGUUGUACACGGUUACGCUGCUGCUCUGGGUUUCUUCUUCCGGAAUUGGGAUGCUGUUGCGCGCGCAGCCGACUCGACGGGACGCCGCACGUUCUUCCUCGACUGGCUUGGGAUGGGCCUCUCAUCCCGGCCCAACCCCUCCCUCCUCACCGCGCCAACCGGCUCACCACUUGAGGCUCGCGUUGCGCGCGCUGAACACUUCUUCCUUUCCUCCCUGGAAGCGUGGCGGGCAGCCGAGGGCAUCGAACGCAUGGUCCUCAUCGGCCACAGUCUCGGCGGAUAUCUCUCGAGUGCUUACGCCCUCAAGUAUCCCGAGCGCGUAUCUUCUCUCAUCCUCGUCUCGCCUGCCGGAAUCCCUCACGGCUCACUGGGAGACAAGGCCGUGCCUCCCCCAACGACCCAGCCCAAGCCUGUGACGGAGCGAGCGUCACUCGACGCCGCAGCCGACGCCGCCGAAUCGGAGAUGCAUGAUCCCGCAGCGUCCGAAGCUGAAGCAAAAGCCGCCGCCCACCCACAGCAGAGUGCGACGCGGCGCGGAAUGACAAAGCUGUUCCUCUGGGGAUGGGAGAAGGGUCUCUCCCCCUUCUCCAUUCUUCGGGGUAUGGGACCAUGGGGUCCACUCAUGGUCGGCAAGUAUUCUUCACGCCGGUUCGCAUCACAAAGCCCCGACGACGUGCGCGACCUCCACUCGUACAUCUACGGCACUUCUGUUAUGCGGGGCAGCGGCGAGUUCUGCAUCUCCCACCUCCUCGCGCCCGGUGCAUAUGCGCGCAUGCCGAUUGUUGACCGUAUCGCUCCCCUCAAGGUGCCCGUUACGUUCAUGUAUGGCGACAGCGACUGGAUGGACGUCGAGGGUGGUUGGGCGGCCAAGCAAGUCCUCGCCAAGGCUGGAAACAAGAACGUCGACGUACAUGUGGUCAAGAAUGCCGGUCACCACUUGUACCUCGACAACGCUGACGACUCGAACGCCAUCAUUGAGGCUGCCAUCCGUGCCGCUCCCAAGAUGGACUCUUAG